AUGCCCAAUCUCCGCCGACUAUUACUAGUGCUGAAGAUCGGCUCCGUGGAGCCAAUGCUGCAUAAUGCAUUAUCUGACCGACUUGCUCUGCUUCCUUUAAAUCGAUUUUCGACGCGGUUUUCCGAGCAGCUGAACUGUAGAGUUUGGGUAAAGGAGGCGCUUUUUGUCAUGGAUGAUGAAGGUUAUGUUCAUUUGAACAAAGGAACAAAAGAAAUCGAGGAAGAGGCUAGGUACCAUGCUAUGGUUAAUAAGUCCAAGUCUGAGCGGAAGGUUGUGCGGAGCAGGAUGUUUACAUCUUAA